UCUCCUCCGUCUGUUUGAACAGGAAGGCGGACAUAUUUGUGGUGACUCUUUCUCACCCCCUCCUUGAGGAGUUAGCAGCAGCAGGAGCACGUCCUAGGGCAACAACGGUGGCCGCCUCGGGCCUUUCUUUUCGUCGGAAGAAAGAGGCGAACCCUUCACGUCGUGUGAAGCGGAUCUUCGGUUGAAGCCGCGCCACCAUUUUUCUUAUCCUUCUUCUUCUUCUUCUUCCACUUCAGACUUUUGUGGAAGGAAGGAAGCCCGGCGAAGUGUGGAGACAGAAAGGGAGAGAGAGGGAAGGAGGGAGCGAGAGAAGCCCCACAGACUGUGACUCCGGCUGAGGGGGAAGGGGCCUCCCUCUCCUUCGCAGGCUUCCUGUUUUCAUGCUAGGCCGCUUCCCCGCCUCUUCUCCCCCUCGCCUUUCCUCCCCUUGUUUCAAAGCGGCUACUGGGUAGCUGGCCCCGAGGAGGAGGAGGAGGAGGCGGCGGCAGGAGGCGGCUUGGCUACGCUGGCUGCCCGGGAAAAUGCGGCAGCAGAGGCCCCGGGCCCCAGGCUGGAGACGAGAGGAGGGCGGCAGGGCGUAACGACGACGAGACCCGUGUGGACUGGGAAGAGUCCCGCUCUUGGACUCUUUCGCGCGAGGAUGUGUGGCGGGGAGAGGAUGCGGGACAGUCCCAGCGCAUUCUGAGGGAGAGGGCCUUCUGUUUUCGUUUUUCUGUGGAUUAAGGCGGCCGCCACCACCACCACCUCUCAAGGCACCAUGUCGGCAGGAGAGAGCUUUGAGUCCCGGUUUGAAAAAAUCGGCAUGAUGAUCAAGGAUCCCAAAUCGGAAGUGAACUCGGACUGCUUAUUGGAUGGAUUAGAUGCCCUGGUAUAUGAUUUGGAUUUUCCCGCUUUAAGGAAAAAUAAAAACAUAGACACCUUUUUAAACAAAUAUAAAGACACAAUAAACAAAAUAAGAGAUCUCCGUAUGAAAGCUGAAGAUUAUGAAGUGGUGAAAGUUAUUGGAAGAGGUGCAUUUGGGGAAGUCCAAUUGGUAAGGCAUAAGUCAUCUCGAAAGGUCUAUGCUAUGAAGCUCCUGAGCAAGUUUGAGAUGAUAAAAAGAUCAGAUUCUGCAUUCUUCUGGGAAGAAAGAGACAUCAUGGCAUUUGCAAAUAGCCCUUGGGUAGUUCAGUUAUUUUAUGCAUUCCAAGAUGAUCGUUAUCUUUACAUGGUGAUGGAAUACAUGCCUGGUGGGGAUCUGGUGAAUUUAAUGAGCAAUUAUGAUGUUCCUGAGAAAUGGGCAAGAUUCUAUACUGCAGAGGUUGUUCUUGCAUUAGAUGCAAUUCAUUCCAUGGGCUUUAUUCACAGAGACGUAAAGCCUGAUAAUAUGCUGCUAGAUAAAUCCGGCCAUUUAAAACUAGCAGAUUUUGGUACCUGUAUGAAGAUGAAUAAGGAAGGUAUGGUACGAUGUGAUACAGCUGUUGGAACACCUGACUAUAUAUCUCCAGAAGUAUUAAAAUCUCAAGGUGGUGAUGGUUACUAUGGACGAGAAUGUGACUGGUGGUCAGUUGGCGUCUUUUUGUAUGAAAUGCUUGUGGGAGAUACCCCCUUUUAUGCAGAUUCAUUGGUUGGAACAUAUAGUAAAAUUAUGAACCAUAAAAAUUCUCUAAGCUUCCCUGAUGAUAAUGAUAUUUCUAAAGAUGCAAAAAAUCUUAUUUGUGGAUUCUUAACUGACAGGGAAGUUAGAUUAGGCCGAAAUGGCGUGGAAGAAAUCAAGCGACACCCAUUUUUCAAAAAUGACCAGUGGUCAUGGGAAAAUCUUAGAGACACUGUUGCACCUGUUGUGCCUGAUUUAAGUAGUGAUAUUGACACUAGUAACUUUGAUGAUUUGGAAGAAGACAAAGGAGAAGAAGAAACAUUUCCUAUACCAAAAGCAUUUGUUGGAAACCAAUUGCCAUUUGUAGGAUUUACUUACUACAGUAACCACCAGUAUUUAUCCAGUUGCACAGCAAAUUCUAAUGACAACAGAGCAAGCACUAAUGUAGAUAAAAGUUUGCUGGAACCUUUGCAAAAAACUAUCUAUCAACUUGAAGAACAGCUACAUAAUGAAAUGCAACUGAAAGAUGAAAUGGAAGAAAAAUUUAGAACAUCAAACAUUAAACUAGACAAGAUAAUGAAGGAACUGGAUGAAGAGGCCAACCAGAGAAAAAAUUUGGAAUUGACAGUUACACAGGUUGAGAAAGAAAAUAUGCUUCUGCAGCACCGAAUAAGCGAAUAUCAACGAAAAUGUGAACAAGAGAAUGAGAAACGCCGUAAUGUAGAAAAUGAAGUGUCAACAUUAAAAGAUCAGUUGGAGGAUUUUAAAAAAAUCAGCCAGCAUUCACAUAUUACAAAUGAAAAAAUAACACAGCUUCAAAAGCAGCUUGAAGAGGCCAAUGAUUUACUGCGGACAGAGUCGGAUACUGCAGCAAGGUUGAGAAAAAGUCAUACAGAAAUGAGCAAAUCAGUAAGUCAGUUCGAAUCCCUAAAUAGGGAAAUGCAAGAGAGAUGCAGAAUCCUGGAGAGCUCAAAAUUACAAUUGGAAAAGGAUUUUUAUCAACUGCAAGCAGCACUGGAAGUAGAACGAAGGGAUAGGAGCCAUGGAUCUGAAAUUAUUGGAGAGAUGCAAGCUCGGAUUACCUCAUUGCAAGAAGAAAUCAAAAGUAUAAAGAACAAUCUUGAAAGAGUAGAAGAAGAAAGAAAACAGGCCCAGGACAUGCUUAAUCAUUCUGAAAAGGAAAAGAAUAAUUUAGAAAUAGAUCUAAACUACAAACUUAAAAUGUUACAACAGCGUUUGGAUCAAGAAAUAAAUGAGCAUAAUAUAAAUAAAGCCCGAUUGACUGACAAACAUCAGUCAAUAGAAGAGGCGAAAUCAGUUGCAAUGUGUGAAAUUGAAAAAAAGGUGAAAGAAGAAAGAGCAGCAAGAGAAAAGGCAGAAAAUCGAAUAGUACAGAUUGAAAAGCAAUGUUCCAUGCUAGAUUUUGACUUGAAACAGUCUCAGCAGAAACUGGAACACCUGAAUGAGCAAAAAGAGAGGCUGGAAGAUGAGGUUAAGAAUCUGACACUUCAGCUUGAACAUGAGAUAAAUAAAAGAGUAAUGACACAGAAUGAACUGAAGAUGCAUGCUAUUGAGGCGGAUAGCUUAAAGGGAUCAGAGAAGCAGCUUAAGCAGGAGAUCAACACAUUGCUGGAAGCAAAGAGAUUAGCAGAAUUUGAGCUGGCUCAGUUGGCAAAGCAGUACAGAGGGAAUGAAGGCCAGAUGCGUGAACUACAAGAUCAACUUGAAGCUGAACAGUAUUUUUCUACACUAUACAAAACUCAAGUUAAAGAACUUAAAGAAGAAAUUGAGGAAAAGAAUAAAGAAACCCAGAAGAAGAUACAAGAAUUACAAAAUGAAAAGGAAACCCUCGCUGCACAGUUAGAUCUGGCUGAAACAAAAGCUGAAUCUGAGCAGUUGGCUCGAGCUCUCCUUGAAGAGCAGUAUUUUGAACUCUCUCAGGAGAGUAAGAAGGCAGCAUCACGACAUAGACAAGAAAUCGCUGAUAAGGACGGUAUUGUCAGCCGGCUUGAAGAAACAAAUAAUACAUUGACCAAAGAUGUGGCAUUUUUAACAAAAGAAAAUUCUGAGCUCAAUGAAAAAGUUAAGAAACUUGAAGAAGAUUAUAAAUUGAAGACAGAAGAAGAAAUCAGCAUCAUCAGAAUGCAAUAUGAAAAGAACCUGAACAAUGAAAGAACCCUUAAAACACAGGCCGUCAACAAAUUGGCUGAGAUAAUGAAUCGGAAAGAUUUUAAACUAGAUAGAAAGAAAGUGAACAUGCAAGACUUCAAGAAAAAGGAGAAGGAAAACCGGAAGUUACAGUUGGACCUUAACCAAGAGAAGGAGAAAUUUAAUCAUGUAGUAAUAAAAUACCAGAAAGAGCUUAAUGAAAUGCAAGCGCAACUUGUGGAAGAAUCUACAUAUAGGAAUGAACUUCAGAUGCAGCUGGAUAGUAAGGAGAGUGAUAUAGAGCAAUUGCGCAGUAAAAUUUUGGACCUACAGCAAGGCAUGGAUUCUACCAGUGUUGCCAGCCUCCCAGCCGAUGAAACUGAUGGAAAUAUUGUGGAAUCAAGAAUGGAGGGCUGGCUUUCAAUACCAAACAAAGGAAAUAUAAAGCGUCAUGGGUGGAAGAAGCAGUAUGUUGUGGUAAGCAGCAGGAAGAUCUUGUUCUAUAAUGACGAACAGGAUAAAGAACAAUCUAACCCAUCCAUGGUAUUAGAUAUAGACAAAUUGUUUCAUGUUAGACCUGUGACACAGGGAGAUGUAUAUAGAGCUGAAACAGAAGAAAUUCCUAAAAUAUUUCAGAUUCUGUAUGCCAAUGAGGGUGAAUGCAGAAAAGAUUUGGAGGUAGAACCUGUACAGCCAGCAGAAAAGACAAAUUUUCUGAACCAUAAAGGUCAUGAAUUUAUUCCAACAUUAUACCACUUUCCGGCCAACUGUGAGGCCUGUGCCAAGCCCCUCUGGCAUGUCUUUAAGCCACCCCCUGCAGUGGAAUGUCGGAGAUGCCAUGUUAAGUGCCAUAAAGAUCACUUGGACAAAAAAGAGGAAUUAAUUGCACCAUGUAAAGUGAGUUACGAUGUAACCUCAGCAAGAGAUAUGUUGUUAUUGGCAACCUGUCAAGAAGAUCAAAAGAAAUGGGUUACUCAUUUAGUAAAGAAGAUCCCUAAAACGCCACCAUCGAGUUUUGUCCGUGCCUCACCCAGAACUCUUUCUACGAGGUCCUCAGCAAAUCAGUCAUUCAGAAAAGUUAAGAAUGCUUCUGGAAAAGCUAGGUCAAAGGAGUAUGGAUCUAUGGGGGACAUUACCCAUUCAGAAAAUUCAAGUUACUGUUAACAACAUGUGCAAUUCUUCAUGGGAUCUGGCACGGUGCAAUCUGAGAAAGCUGGGCUUUUUUCACCAUGCCGAACAGUGCAGAUGGGUUAUUCCUUCCAAUGCGUCAUUUACUGGCUUCAGGGCUAAGACUGCUAUUACUCUCUCCUCCUUGCUUUGGCAUAAAAAGCACGCUGAGGGUGUCUUAUUGCGGGUUUGCCUUAAGAAUAGAUUAGAUUAAUUAUUACUGUGUAAUGCAAGUAAAAGCAAAUAAAGCUUAGCUAGAAAUAAGGUUAAAAUUGCUGCCUUUUUUUGGAUUUCAGAAAAAAUAAAAUAAAAAAUGCCUGUCAAUCUUGAUGGAAUGCGGUGAACUUUUCUCCUAUCAGUGAGAAUAAGAGGACUAUUUACCCUGUGGGAGGGGUAUUUAUUUUGGGAUAUGCACACAGACUUCAGUAUAGAAAGAAGGUAUCUCAAACUGAGAACUGAAUUUCCUUUGAAGACUCGAAGCUGUGCUGAUGAAAACAGCAACAUUUGCUUGAAAAACAAAGCCGUAUAUAAUCACUUGAACUUCAGUGCCUUUUCUGCAUUGUUUUUAAUGCUAAUAAUUGAUUACGAGUCCGCUCAAAGUGUUACAUAUUUUGCUUUACAAAAUACUAAUUCUGCAUAUUUGUAAAGGGGGGAGAAAAUGAAUAAUUACAUAUAAUCUAUGCAUUGUUGCCAAGCCAUACAAAAUUGUACUUCUAGAAAGCAUUAGAACUAACAGUUAAAAUAAUGAGUUUGGAAGCAUAUUUUGGUACAUAAUUUUUCUAUAAUUUGUAUAACAUAUUGCAUUAACAGUUUGAAGUGCAGAUUACAGCACACACAAACACACAAAAUGUAUGCACUGUUUGAAAUGUAAAUUAUUGUUAGAACACUUUUGAUGGAUGUUGCCCAUUUAGUGCCUUAUCUGAGAUUUGUUUUACUGCCAUGUCAAAUGUAUAGAAGUCUCAACUAUUUAGUAUUGUGUGUUGGUGGUUUUAUUGGAUCAAAAUAUGGUAGGUUCUAGUUCUGUUUUCCAGUGUACAAUUUUGAAUGAAUCCACAUGUUACCAAGAGAUAUUUUAAUCAGUAUAUGAAAGAUAAUAAAAUCUUAUACCAUGAAAAGAAAUAAAACACCUACAAGAAUUUAAAAUUCAAGACAGUAAAGGAAUAGAAUAAUUUGAAUUCUUGCUUUGUAGCAAUAUUAUUGUGGUAUGAGCAGUAUGGUUUAUUUUAUUUUUUAACCAAAUACCUCUUCAAUAAUUUAUAAUGGCUUUGCAGUUGUGUAUUAAAUAUGAAGCACUGGAAAACUGAUUCGUCCUCAAGGCGAUUCAAACACGUUUCAAGUAGUGUUGAAAGCCGCACUAAUGGAUGUGUAAUAAACAUAUCCUAUAUAAUACAGUAAUGAUCCAUGCUCAUUUAAUACAGAAAAAAAUAAUUUAUGGAAGAGCUAUUUUGAAAAUAACUGUGGUAUUUUUCUCCAGAAUACACUUCCUAGGAAGUUUUGGAAAUUAUUAUGCUUUACAAACAGAUUAACUAUCAGCAUAUUUAAAUCUGAUACAAACUUGAUAAUUUUUUAAAGUUACAUUUUAUAAUGUCAUACUGCAUUUUAAUACAGGGUAAAGUAGAAAAAAUCGCAUAGGAUUUUGAAGAAUUUAUUUUGACAUGUCAGGAGGCAAAUUCCGUUUACUUAACACAGUGAUUUUUCAUUAAAAAAUUAUCAGGUACACAGCUCUUUAAAAUAAUAUUUACAUAUCUUUUUAAUUUAUAAUUAAAUCUUGGUUAAUAAUAAACAUAUGUCAAGCAUGUUCUGCAUCAUUCCAGACAUCAUACCGUUUGUUUAUUAUUCAAAACUAACAUGGACUCUAAGUAAGAUCAGAUGGGGCUGGCCAGAAAAGAUUGACAAUGAAUAGUGGGAAGGUUUAAGAGGAGUUGGGUUGGAAGGAAAACCAUGAAGAAGGCCAGAAUUGUUCUGAAGUGAUUUUAAAGGGUUUGAAGAAGGUUGUGAAGAAGGUUGUGGAAAUGGUUUCUGAUAGUAAGAAGCAAAGCUGUUGUAGGUACAGAGAGUAACAUGGCAGAGUAUGGAGCAAGUGUGAGGAAGGGAGAAAAGGAUAUGAUAAUUUUGGUAGUCAAGACAUGAGAUGUGGCAUAAAAAGAAUUAAGAAAGGAAGCAGAGAGGUGAGGAACUUUAAGGAACUUAAAUGGAUUCAGAGGAUUGUAGUAGGCAAACAGUGGGAACUAAGGGAGGGUUGUCUAGGUAUAGUAAAGAGAUGGAGGAAUGAUCUGAAGGAGGAGGUGAAGAAAAAAGGCCAGCAAACUAAUGGUUAAUGUUUUUUCCCUGAUUCAAAAGGUGCGAUAUUUAACUAUUGUGUCUUCUUGAAUGGUUUAUUGUAUACAGUUUCCAUGAAUACAUCAAAAUGUUUAUUUAUAAAUGGGUAUAUGCAGUACCCAUAAAUGUGCAAUUUACAACCCUGUUGCCAGAGUUUUUUUUCUCUCUCAAGGAGAUGAGGGACACCUACGAAGAAGAUGAAAAAACAGAUUCUAAACCACAAAUCAUUUAGCAAUUUCAUCUACUACAUUCUGGAGAAUUAUGCCUAAGCCCUAAAUUUAGAAUGUCCAGGUGGUUUGGUCAGUGUGACAACAUGUAAAAAUCUAAUUCCUGACUAGUUCUGGAUUUUGGUGUCAGGCUUCUCCGUGCAGUGUCAGUAUGUUGGUGUUUUAAUUCUCCAUUUUAAACUUCAUAUUGUUAACAAACUGUUCUGUAUUUCCAAUAUUGUUCUCACUUCGUUGGUUUGUUCUCUGGUGUUCCUCAAUCCGUAUGUAUAUAUCUACCAUGUUACCAGUCCGUUUCAUGAAUUAUUUGGAGUAGCUGUUGCCUGUAAAACAUUAUGCUGCAAUAAACCAAUGAGUCUUUAAAGUG